AUGAGUAAAAAGGUUUCUAAAGCGGGGAAAGGCAAAAGAAGAUAUACAGAAGUGGAAGACCAGGAGGUCUCAUAUCCUUCUAAGAAAGCUAUCACUGCUAUCACUAGGAAAGACGCACAAGAGGAACUAAAAUCAACUACUAGCAUUCAAGAUUCACUUCAUUGUUAUGGUUAUGCUCGAUCUUUACAAAUAGAACAUGCAGUAACCAAAUUAGUCGAAUCUUAUCAAAAAAUAAUAGAAUUAUCUCCAAACUUGAAAAUAUACAAGGAAAACAUUGAAAAUUUUGAGAAAAUCUCUCCAGAAAUUUGUAACUUUUUUAUGAGGCCAUCAUUAAAAUUGGCAGCUGAAUUAAAAUCAUUGCAUGAACUUGGUAAAGAUUCUGUAUUUAGUCAAUUAUCAAGUUUUGGAGAAACAUAUGAUUCAAAGGAUACAAGGCCAGUAUUGAUUGGUUUAGAAAACUCAGAUAUUGAAACUCUUUCAGAUAAGAAAUUGGAAUCACCUGAUGAUAAAACGGGAAGUGAUUUGAAAGCGAAAGAUGAAGACGAUGAGGAUAGUUAUAAUCCAGAAGCAUACCAGAUAGAUAAAGCUGGUAGCAAGAAGAAGAAGAAGAAAUGGCCACCUCCAUUGCCAGAAAUUGAAAAUCCAGCAAUUAAAGCUAAAGUUUUUAUUCAUAAGUCAAUUGUUAAGGACAAACUAUUUUUAUUAGAAAGUCAAAUGCUUAAUGCGCACAAUGAAAGAUUAGAAUGGUUAGGUGAUUCAAUUUUAAAUACAACUAUAUCCACAAUUAUUUACAAUAAAUUUCCGAACUAUUCAGAAGGAAAACUUUCAAAAUUAAGAAUAAUGUUGAUCAAUAAUGAAAACUUAAGGGAAUGGACCUAUCUCUAUGGACUAGAAAAAGGAAUAAAAGCAGCUAAGAGUGGUGAACAGAAAAACGGUUCACUUAGCGCUAAGGCUUAUGCAGAUGUAUUUGAAGCAUAUAUUGGUGGUUUGAUGGAAGAUGAUGCACAAAAAAAUUUACCUAAAAUUCGAAAAUGGCUAGCAAAAUUAUCGAAACCAUUAAUUGAAAAGGUAUCCAAAACAGAUAUCGAAUUGGAAAAUACUGAUAAUCUUAAUCCAAAUGCUAAAAAGGAACUAUACUCAUUAAUUGGUUACGCCGCUCUUAAGUUGCAAUAUGUAGCAACCAAAAUGCCAUCACAGAGUCAACCAUAUUCUGUAGUUGAAUGUAGAAUUGGGGAUGGUACUGUUCUGGGUGUAGGGGUAGGCAGGAAUGUUAAACUUGCCGGAAUUAAGGCUGCAAUGUCUGUUUUGGACAAUUCUGAGCUUAUUGAAAAAUAUUCACAACUCAGAGCUGCUAUACCAAGAUCAGAAUCUUCAAUCAAGGAUAGCGGUGAAAAAUCAAAAGCUAAAAUAUCUUUGAACGAAAAUGGGGAGCUGUUUUUUUCAUAA